CUGACGUCUGAACGAAAUGACAAAGGUGUUCUGUUCAAACCGCAAAAUAAUAUCAUAGAAUUGAUCUAUAAAGUAUAUAUUUGCUUCAUAGAUACCUAUGAACAAUACUUUAGCAAUUAGAUCUCACAAAUUGGURAUUUUGUGAGCUGGAUUCAUAGAAAGAAUCGUGUAAUCUGGCUUCUUCGAGGUGAUUCGAUUCUUCUCUCAUCCUUCAACAUUACAGGAAAAGGUCUUUUCUGUGAAAUCGAGAGAGAGAAGAUGUUUUGACAAGAGUAAAAAGCUAUGGCGAAGAGAAAAGCUGCCUCUAGUUCUCGCAAUUGCAAACGUCGAGUAAAACCUACUAAACAACAGGGUGCCUCUUCRCACAGUUCUUCCGUGAAUUCGAAUUCAAUUUCCAUUGUAAAGGAACCUCCUUCAGACUGGUUGACAUCAAUACAAGCAGAUCAUAUUACUAGUGACAAGGAUGUAGAAGAAAAUAUUCAAACACCUUUACUUUUGGAAUCAAUUAAAAAUGGCUUAAAUGAUUCGAUUACACCAGAAAUCCAGCUAGAUACAUCAAGUCAAGAUGAUUAUGAAAUACAAAUAGACUCUAUAGCACAUGACAAGGGUUUUGAUCAAGCUGACACAUGUCAAUCACCUAAGAAUGGUUUAAAACCAAACAGAUUCUAUGGAUCCAAACUUCAGUCCUACCAGUUUUCAUUUCAAAACACAAAGUCAAAGGACAAAAGAAAAAUGGAAAAUGCUAAGUUAAAAGAUGAAGAAAAGAAAAAUAAACCUAGGACUUUAAAGAGAAAGCACAAAAUUCAACAAGACCAUGAAAGUGUAAAUCAUGUUAUAAAGAAAGUAAAGAAAGAUACUAAUGAUGCAAUGAAAGACAAAGUAUUUCGCACCAAAGAAAAGAGUCACAAGAUCAAUGGAGUAAGACUUAGUAAUAGCAGUGAUGUCAUUUCCAAUUCUGUUAGAGAUAAAAAAGAUUAUAGCUUUGAACCUGAUGAGAUUAGCAAUAAUAAAAAUGAUACCACUGUUCUGGAUAUUAUAACUCCAGAAUCAUCAUCAUCAUCAUCAUCAUCACCGACAAGCGAGGAUCCAAUGUCUUCAGUUACUGCAAUGAAUGGUAUAACCAAUGGUUAUCAUCCCUAUGAUAACAUAGAUUCCAAAUGCAACAUCAGGACAAGARACCCUAAAAUUUCCAUCUCAGACACAAAGACUAUUAUAGACGAUGUAGUAUCAGAACUUGGUUCGCUUCACUCUGAAGAAAGUAUCACCAGUGGCUUGGGUCCUGUAAGGGCUGGUUCUUUACUCAAGGGUCAGAAUAAUGAAUAUUAUUUUUCAAACUCAAGUGAGAAUUCUCCAGAUUUAAAUGUUAAUGGCCCAGCAAAGUUUAUGGAAACACCCAAGAGUUCAUCCRCAAGUCCUGACUGGGACAUCGAAAGUGAAGAUUCAAGCAUGAGGGAUAUCAAUAAACCAGCAUUUUUAUAUCGUGAUAAAGACACCAGUGAAAGUAGCUAUAGUCCUGGUAGUAGUAGUGCAUCCCGCAUCUCUCCUGAACACCAGACUUCAAUCACAAGUUUCUUCAAAAAGUCAACCAAACAAAUUGGCAAUGUAACUUCGCCCAAGUCUAAAAAUCUAGAAAGAACAAGCAAAAAAGGAAAAGAAAGAAAAAAGAAAAUGGAACAAAUGUACCUGGAUCUUGGGCAAAAAGAUUUUGGCCAUGUGACCUGCACCACAUGUGGAAUGGUAUAUACCCAUGCGCAGCCAGAAGAUGAAAUUGAGCAUAUAAGGCAUCAUAAGAAAUUUGUGAAUGGGUUGCGAUUCAAUGGCUGGAAAGAUGAACAUGUUGUGAAAGAGUUUCAUGAUGGAAGGAUUAUAAUGGUCAAGCCAGAUGAUCAUCCAUCUCGUCUCAAGAAGGUCGAGGAAAUUAGGAAAGUUGUCGAUAGUGAGUUAGGAUUUGCUGUUGAUUUGCAYUACAGAAAAAAUGAAUCAAAGACAUUCCUGUUUAUUGAAAACAAAAGAGUCGUUGGGUGCUGUGUGGCAAUACAGAUUGACAAGGGUUAUCCUGUUCUUCCAAGCACACCAUCCAAAGACUCYUCUCCUGAUCGCCAGAUUGCAGCCUGGUGCUGCAGCAYGGUUCCAGUGCCUGCACAGUGCGGCAUCAGUAAGAUUUGGGUAUGGAAUCAAUACAGAAGAARGAAAGUAGCUACUAGGCUCAUAGAUUGUGUUAGAUCAGAUUUCAUAUAUGGUUGUACAAUUGCAAAGGAGGCUCUAGCAUUCUCUGAUCCUACACCUGAUGGAAAGAGACUUGCUUCUACAUAUUGUGGUACACAAGAAUUCUUGGUCUUCCGCUGACACACACCACUCACUUAUAAUUAAAGCACACAGGGAGCCCAAGAUCAGCUUUGUACCAGUACAUUACAGCAAAAAAUAAAGCCCCUUGUUCUUCAGAUUUUUGGAAAGUUCGAGAAUAGGACGUUUGCAUGAUGGCGUCAUUGACCUCUACUMCCAGACUCCCUUGCACWCUUUCUUUUGUUCAGUUAAUUASYACCAAUUGUCUUACUA